AUGGCCAGCCUAUCCUCCUUCCUGCGCUACCUGCGCCUCAAACUUUUGGUCUCUUUCUACCGCCUCAUCGCCGCACUGUCAAAGCCCGUAUUUACCACCAUCGAGGACGCGGUCAAAUAUGUGCUCGACCGGCCGGAAGAGUACCAGACCUCGCAAGUCGCCGUGUACGGGUUCUCAUCAGGCGGCACCCUCGCGCUCGUCGCUCCAACACUGUUUCCUCCUGGCACCUUCCAGUCCGUCAUUGCGUUCUAUCCUGCAACGGAUCUCGCCAGGGACCCGAGCUUGAGGAAGGCCCCAGCCGUGCAUGCGAAGCCGCGCUCGGCGUUUUGGACAAGGAUCUUCCGGGAGGCAUACAUAGGAGACAUGGAUCCACGAGAAUCCAAGGAUCGCGCCGGCCGGAGUUGGACUCGUCGGCGCUCGAGGCGGAGGAACUUGGCGAAGAAAGCCGAGAUGGAGGGACUCUCCAGCGGUAGGAAUGUGGUCAUUUGGAGGAUGAAAAAUUGCGGUCAUGCCUUUGACAAGAAGAAGACGGAUAGAACCUGUGUCCAGGCUCGGGAUGAGGCGUAUGGGCUUGCUGUGGAUAUUUUGAGGAAGGUCGCCGGAAAGAGCGGUUGA